GUCUAGUCGUUUGAUAUGGCAGAAGAUGGGAAGUUCUGAAUUGAGAAGUUCGAUGGUACAGAUUUCAAUUGGUGGAAAAUGAAAAUUGAAUAUUUGCUUGUUCAGAAAGAUCUGAACGUGGUAUUGGGUGACAAGCCAGAAAAGAUGUCGGAUGCAAAUUGGGAAGGUUUGGAUCGGAAAGCUAUGUCUGUGAUCCGUCUCUCGAUGACCAAGAAUGUUGCAUUCAACAUUCUGAAGGAGAAGACAUUGAAGGGAAUUAUAGAAGCGCUGUCUAACACGUACGAGAAACCAUCUACAGCUAACAAAGUUUUUCUGAUCAUAGAACUGGUGAACACAAGGAUGAAAGAAGGCACUUCAGUUAAUGAGCAUAUCAACAAGUUGAAUUCGAUCUUAGCCAGACUUUUGUCAGUGGACAUUAAGUUUGGUGAUGAAGUUCAAGCUUUACUACUAUUAUCGUCUUUACCUAAUAGUUGGUUUGGAACGGUUAUAGCAGUUACCGGUUCAGUGGGACCUGAUGGAUUCACCUUUGAUCGGAUUCGAGAUCUUGUUCUUGGCGAGGAUGUCAGGAGAAAGAGUUCAGGAGAGUCAUCUGCAUUGCAGAAUCUAGUUAUUGGGGACUUUGGAAAGGUACGACUAGCAGACGACAGAGCUCUUGAGGUGACGGGCAUGGGUGACAUGCUGUUGAAGACCCCAAUCAGUUUCUGGACUUUGAAGGAUGUCGGAGUGGUUCCAGGCUUAAAGAAAAGUUUGAUUUCUGUCAGGCAGUUGGACGAACAGGGACACAAGGUGAAGUUCAGAGAUGGGCAGUGGAAGGUCAUAAAGGGAAAUCUUGUCAUGGCCCGCGAAAGGAAGAGUGGUUCGUUGUAUAUGGUCGAGUUACAAUCUGAGGGAGUGACCGUCCUGAUUCAGAAGAGAAACAAAGUCUGGUUCACAGAGUCUCGUGGGCAGAAUAAGGUUGUCUAUGCAAGAGAGAAACCUAGAGCCACAGGUCAGACUCAGGAUGAACGAGCGAGGAAAGGUUCAAGGAGGCCAGUCAGAGGUAUUUAUGGCAGUGGGAGCUCAAAAGGCGCUUCAGCAAACUUUCCUAGAAGACAGUGGGUCACGAGAAAAUUUCUUGCUGAGUAUGGAGAGUGUUUGUUCUCAGGAUGUUCCAGGAUCCGGCAGUGUGCGUCUGCAGUGGGAGCUGGUAGGGACUGAGGACGAGUAAGGGGCAGAUUUAGCCGUGACUGAUGUGUUGGAGCUUGGGAGAGCUUCAACGGGCCUUUCAGUUGUCUGAUGAUAGGGCCGCUGCAACAGGAGAGCUGAGGAAGAUUACUCGAUGUAUAGGCAAUCGUGGUGGAUUGCAGUUGAUGAUUAUCAAGUCUCCAAGUGGGAUAAUGUUGGGUUUUGUG